AUGAAGAAAUGGGCCGAAGAACUUGUAGACGCAUUCCAGAGCUGCGACAAAACUAAAAUCCGCGAAAUUUUCAACUGUGGUUUUCCACACAGUGCAGUUUUACAUGUAAAAAAUUCAGAAGGAGAAAUUUUGAUUAGCAGAACCUAUCCUAUUCAUUUCGCUGCAGAGUACGGAUAUCUUGACAUUUUGCAAGAACUUGUAACCGCAGGCGCAGAUAUAAACGCAAUUGAUUCUUACCAGAGAACUCCUGUAAUGGUUAGCUGCGGCAUGGGGCAUCUAGACAUAGUGCGUUAUUUAGUAGAAGAAGCUGAUGCAAAUGUGGUAGGUUUUGACUACAACGGAAACACAGUCCUCCACAUUGCCUCCUUAGCAGGCCAAUAUCAUAUUUUACGCUACUUAGUCGAAGAUUUACAGAUUCCUAUAAACCUGCCUAAUAAAUCCAAACAAACUGCUUUAUCUCUCUGCCAAAAAACUCAAGAAAAAACAACUGGGGAAUUAUCAUGAAAAUUAGAAAGAGUAAUUGGCUAUCUUGCUUCUCAUCAAAAUAAGCAUACCCCUGCUUUCUUUACGCCCUUAAGGCCUAAACAACAUGAGCCAGUUCGACAUAGCUGCCAUUCAAAUUGUAUCAGCCGAUAUAAUCAAACUUUAUGAGCUGACUCUGUAGGGAUCGAAGUCCAGUCAUUCCAUUCUCCGAAACUGGACCGAUUUGCUUUUAGUAAAUUUGCACAUAAUAAUUUGAAUUCAAGCAGAAAAUUUUCAUCAGAUAUUCCAUCAGUUGAUAGAAUGAUCAGAAACAAGUGUAAUUUAAUAUAUGAUAAAUAUAUGAGCAGCCACCAACUUAUGGUAAGUGUGAAAGAAAAAUCAUCAAAUCAAAGCUUAAUGCCACUGUAUAGAAAGUCGUCAGCGCCUUCUUUUAGCGGAUUGUCGACAUCGAAGUCAAAUAAAACAGAUUUUCUGUGAAGGACUAAUAUAUAUGGUGAUAUAAUAAGCUUAGCUUUAGCAUUUUUGCUUGAUUUAUAUAUUGCUGGCUAUUAGCUGACAGUAAAUAAUUCAAAAUUAAUAUAAAAUAUAAUAGAUUAA